GGGGCUGCGGGAGGCGGCGGCGAGCGGAGCGGCGAGUCAGUCGCGCGGGGAGCGCGGGGCCGGGCAGCAUCGCGUGCGGGGUCUUCGGGCGGCGACGUGGGACCGCGGCGGGCCAUGGCAGCACCCCCUGUCAAAGGGAAAAGGAAACAGUCAGAGGAGGGCCAUGCCCUGGAGCCCCCCACGUCCCCCGAACCCGACGGUGCACAGAGCAGGGGCCAGAGCCCGAUCCAGCUGGAGGACUCCCCCGAGGCAGGCGGGGAGCGGGAGGAGGAGCAGGCCUUCCUGGUCAGCCUCUACAAGUUCAUGAAGGAGCGGCGCACGCCCAUCGAGAGGGUGCCCCAUCUCGGCUUCAAGCAGAUUAACCUCUGGAAGAUCUACAAGGCGGUGGAGAAGCUGGGGGCCUACGAGCUGGUGACGGGCCGCCGCCUGUGGAAGAAUGUGUAUGACGAGCUGGGGGGCAGCCCGGGCAGCACCAGUGCAGCCACGUGCACGCGCCGCCACUACGAGAGGCUGGUCCUCCCGUACGUGCGGCACCUGAAGGGAGAGGAUGACAAGCCGCUGCCCCCCUCCAAGCCCAGGAAGCAGUACAAGGUGGCCAGGGAGCCCCGGGGCGAUGACGGGGCCCCCGAGCGGCCAAAGAAGGCCAAGGAGGAGAGGCAGGUGGACCAGAUGGUUCCAGGAAAGACCAAAUCAGACACAGCAGACCUGACACAGCUUCCCGGCCAGGAGCCCCCUAAGGACAGCACGAAAGAGCAGGGCCGGGCUCCGGGGCCCUCUCUGCCUCCUGGGAGUGCCGGCGGCUGCCCUGAGGCAUACAGGCGGCUCCUGACCAGCUUCUACUGCAAAGGGACCCAUGGCAUCAUGUCGCCACUGGCCAAAAAGAAGCUCCUGGCCCAAGUCAGCAAGGCGGAGGCCUUGCGGUGCCAGGAGGAGGGCUGUCUCCACGGGGCCGGCGGCCCCAACAGGGGGGCCCCGGAGAACCCCCGGAGCCUGGAAAGGCUGGCCCAGGACUCCGGGCCUCCGCUGCCCCCUCAGGAGGGACCGCAGGCCCUUGGUGGCAGCCUCAGGGUGGAGGCUCCGGCGGGCCCCUGCCCGGCAGCGCCCGUUUUCACCGGCUGUUUCCACGCCUACCCCACCGAGGUGCUGAAGCCUGUCAGCCGGCACCCCCGGGACUUCUUCUCCAGCCUCAAAGACGGGGUGCUGUUGGGACCUCCUGGCAAAGAAGAGGGGCCAUCCGUGCAGGAGCCCCCACUGGCGUGGGGCGGGGACGCCAGCCGUCCCUCCGCGUUCCAUAAAGGAGGCUCCAGCAAGAGCAGCUUCUACCCCAAGCCCAAAGCCUGCUGGGUGUCCCCCAUGGCCAGGGUCCCUGCCGAGAGCCCAGUGGCCCCACUCUCGCUCCCCUGCGGCCCAGGCCUGGGCAACAAGCGUGGCCGGGAAGACGAGGGCUUUGUCUACGGUGGCAAGAAACUGCAGGCGGUUCCGCCCUUUCUUCAGGAGGCCGGUGCCAAGGAGGGCAGGACCAAGCCCGCCGCCCCCGGCCUGGCCCUCUCCUGCCUGCUGGGCCCGGGACUGGGGCCUGCCCUGCCGGAAGCCCACAGGGGCACCAUGCUGCACUGCCCACUCAACUUCGCCAGCACUUCAGACCCUGUAAAGGGCCAGGCCGCACUGCCCCUCAGCCCCCUGGUCAUCCCGGCCUUCCCGGCCCACUUCCUGGCCACUGCGGGGCCCUCGCCCAUGGCUGCUGGCCUGGUGCACUUCCCCCCCACCUGCUUUGACAGCCCCCUCCGCCACAGACUCAGCCCAGCUCCUGCCUGGCACGCGCCCCCCGUCACCGCCUGCACGGUCCCCCACUUCUUGCACCUCAACACCAAGCUGUAGGUCGGGCCUGCGGGGCAGUACCGGGCAGGCCCUGCUGGGGGCCUGGGUCGCAGACCACCAACCAGGGCGCCUGCACCGGCAGCCUGGCCUGGGCAGAGGGAGGCAGGGGAACUGGCUUAUCUCAAGGAAGCAGCCGAGGCCUGGGGAGGACAGGCAGGGUGGGCGCCUGCUGCCCGGCACCCCGGAGCAGAGCCCAGGAGCGGGCCGAGGGGCUGAGGGCAGGUGGAGGCGUCCAGGUCUCCCGCGGAAAGCCUAAUAAAAAGACCCCAGUGUGAGCGCCACCAGCGCGGAGGUGUGUACAGAGCGACCCUUGCAAGUGGGACACGGGCCAUGGCUGGGACCUCCAGCUGGGGCGCCAUGGAGAUGAGAUCUGCCCUGGGAUCUGGAGGCCUCCCUGCGCUGGAGAGCCGCCUGAGCGUCUGCAGGCUGGGCGUGUCCGGUGCCUUCCACCCGCUUCCCUGGUUGAGCCUCAGGACGACGGCCUGCCCUGCAGCCGGGACUCAAGCUCAGGACGGGCAGGGGACCGGCUCCGGCAGGCCAGGCCAGGCCAGGGCCGCACACCGGUCAGCUGAGCCUCGGGACUCCAGCCUCAGGGCUGGAGAGGGGCUCUUGACGUCUUGCCCAGGCUGGUCUCAAGCUCCUGGCUCAGGUGGGCCUGCUGCUCAGCCUUCCCAUGGCCAGACCGCAGGCUGCCCUCCUGUGCCAAGGCAGGGUGGGGCUAGUGACGCUGAGGCCCGGGCUGCCCUGGUGGUCGGCCUUCACCCGCUCCUGGAGAGGCAGGAGGGGCAGAUGCCGGGCUGGGUGGGCAGAUGGCCUUUGAUCUGCGCCACCAGAACCCACUCUGCCCGCUGGAGUCCCUGCUGCGGACCAGGGGAGGGGCAUAGUGUGGCCCGUGGAUCACGGGUGGGGCUGCUGAGGACAGACCCAGGAUGUGCCUGGCACGGGGUGGUGGCCGGGGUGGGAGGCAGCUGCCUGUGGAGGAGUGCUGGGGUGCAGGUGCCCCCACCCCGAGCAAGAUCCGCAGCAGGCGGCCAGGGGUGGGGGCCACCACUGUUGUGGGCGCUCAGACUCCGCGGGGCCAUCUCCCGAUUCCUUGCCCCUCUCCUGAGGGACUCUGAGGUGCCAGCCUAAUUACGUGUGACCUGACCUGAGCUCCUGACUCACAUCCGCACGCUGCCCAGAGGGUGACCAAAGGCAGAGGAACCAACUUGUCUACACUCCAGGAAAACGCCCUGGGUGCUCGGCCACGGGCCAUGGGGAGUCCGAUCCCCUGGCUGAGGGGAGGUGGGGGCGUCCUGCUUUGGAUGGGGCAGGAGCUGCAGGGUCCCCUUCAUCUGCAGAGCAACGCAGGCCUCUCCUGAUAGGACGGUGGCUCUGUGGCCAGGCAGCAGGGCUCGGGCGCAGAGCGCAGCACUGUGGCGACGGCGCCCUCUGGAGGCAGGUGUGGAGAAUGCUUCCCAGGGAGACAGGCCUGGCAUCCAGCACCAGGAAGAGCCAGGCUGCAGGAGCUGGCGGGCUGUGGGGACCGAAGAGGAGCAGACAACAAACACGGUGCCCGGAGGAGGCGCCGCUGCGGAGAAGCUGGGCUGGGGACGGCGCGCAGCUCUGUGCUCGGGGCUCGGAGUACGCCCGCCUUCCCUGCCAUCCGCAGCGUGCGCAGCGCCGGGCAGCCGCCACCCCACCCGCUCUGCAGGCACGCGUUCAAGUGGACCCGAGGGGCCUCUAGAAGGUGGCUUUGAGCAGUGGCUGGAAGGGGACGGAGGGAGUUCUGUGGCCAGUGGAGUCCAGGAGCUAGAAGGCCUGAGUGGGCAGAGGGUCAGGAGGUGACCCAGCUGGGGAGGGGCUCCCAGGUCACUGGGGCAGCCAGGCCCCUGCUUGGAACAAGAGGAAGACAGCCGCGUGUCCCAGCCCGCUGCCUAUUUGUGGCGGUGCGGGGUCUGACCCGGGGCCGCAGGCACGCAGGCGGCGCUCUACCCUGCACCCAGCCCUGCUGUUUUACCCACGGCUUCUGGGUCUGCCGGGUGGGAUGGGGUGCCCAGGACGGGGGCAGAGAGGGAACCCAUUCUUGGGGUGGUGGGGCUGUGGGCCCGUCUGGCCAGUGCUUCCGUUGGUCAGCGGGCAACAAGGCUGGGAACUGGGUUUGGAGGAGGCUGGUGAUCUCAGGAGCAGACCGUGGCUUGGAAGGCCCCAGGCUGCACUGGAGACAGGUGACAUGAGUUUCAGUGAGACCAGGCGCCAGCUGGGUGCAAACUUGGGAUCCCACAGGGCUUAGAGCAGAGGGUGGGUGGUGGCACGCACAGACUGCUGGUCCCCUUGGACUCGGACAACUGGGGACAUAUAAGGAGGUGGCUGGGAUGAUGCAAGGGCCAUGGAGAUGGCCGUCAGGGGUGUCCACAGGAGCCCAUGCAGAGGCCGUGGGAAGGCUCUUGGAAAGCCCGGUUGUGGGGAGCCUUGAAACCACCACAAAGGGAACUGCACAAGCACAAUGGACCAGGUCCAGGUCCACAGGGACUGGGGUCCACAGCAAGGGCACCAUGCAGUGGGGGGCACAGUUGCCUGGCAGCAAUGGCUCCCCUUCUUGGGAUAAGGUGCCUCUCAGAAGGGCAGCUGGAGCCCAGCAGGUCAGUCAGAGACUCCUACGGCUCAGCAAGGAUUUGACCUCAAGACUGGAGGCUGCUGAUAGUGGCCUGACGAUGUGUUUAGUGUGUAUGUGUGGGUCUGGGGACUUACCUCGGGGACGCUUUUACAUACUGAGCUCUAUACCCUGACAGGUUUUUUGGUUUAUUAAUUUAUUUAUUUUGAGCUGGGGUCUCAUCAAGUUGCUGUCUUGCUAAGUUGCCCAGGCUGG